CAGUGGAAACGAGAGGCCCACCCGAGUCCCUCUGGGCUGGGCUGGGCUGGGCUGGGCUAGGGCCCAGGCAGUACACUGCUGGGCAGUUCUCAGGGGAGUGGGGAAUUGAAAAGAAAAAGCAUCUCUGAGGAGGGUGAGGGGAGGGAGGCUGUGUGGUGUACUCUCUCUCUCUCUCUCUCUCUCUGACUUAGCCUAAGCCUCACCCGGGAGAGGAGCGUCUUCACUCUGCUCUUGGAGCUGCUUUCUGUCACUUCCCCGCCCAUCUGUGCUGUCAGCAGCACCAGCAAAGUUGGCCUCAAACUUGAACAGAGCUGAAGGCUCCAGCUAGCUCUGCGGGGGCAUCGGGCCGGCCUCAGCCUCUGAACUCAGCUGGUCCGGAGAAGCCGACCUCGGCCAGCUCCCGGGUAGCCCUUGCUCCCCUGGGGGACGCUUCUGCCCCUGACCUGUCAGCCCCCAGUCUGGGCAGAGGAAUGGUGUGCUGAGCUCUCUCUGGAGCCGAUCAUCUCAGCUUGAAGCUGGAGCAACCCAAGGCCCAAGCCAGCAUGGCCAACCCGUUGCAGCCUCAGUUUCCCUCAGCCCAGGAGCCAGGCACCGCCUUACCCCUGGACCUGCCAGAGAUGGAGAUGCUUCUCACGAAGGUGGAAGGCAAGGAUGACAAGCCACUGAAGCUGUCCAAGUCCCUCUCGAGGGCCCUGGACCUGGAGCAGAAUGGCCACGGCCUGCCCUUCAAGGUGGUAUCCGAGGGGCACCAGGAUGCCACCCUCCCCUGGUCGGCCUCUCGGGCCAGCUCUAGACGGGCGUCCUCCAUUGCCACUGCGUCCUCUGCCCAGGACCAAGAAGUCCCCAAAGAUUACCUCAUCCUUGCCAUCGCCUCCUGCUUCUGCCCCGUGUGGCCCCUCAACCUCAUCCCCCUCAUCUUUUCCAUCAUGUCCCGAAGUAGCGUGCAACAGGGGGACCUGGAUGGGGCCCGGAGGCUGGGCCGCCUGGCCCGGUUGCUCAGCAUCACCUUCAUCAUUAUGGGGAUCAUCAUCAUCAUUGUGGCCAUGACCGUCAAUUUCACAGUGCAUUAGAAAUAAAACAGACCAGGGCGCUGCGCAGGCGGAGGCUGGCCCCCGGAGGCCUCCACUCUCACGCGCCCCCCCUCCCGCGGGAGGACAGGACGGUGAUGUCCCUGUGCUCCCAAAGCACGAACUUGGAGGGAAGCCCCCAGGUCUCCCCACUGUCAGCCCACCUCAGAUGUGAGAAGCGCGAAGAAUGAAGGAUGGGGUUUAAUCUCGCGGACGCUGCCCGGUAUUUGGCCUCCGUGCGCUGGCUGGUUUCUCAUCCCCACCGUUUCCUGGGACCCACCACACAGCACAUACUGCCUGUUUGAGGAGGAACCAGCCCCGCGGAUGACACGGCGACGAGAGGGACUGGACGGAGGCAGGAGAGAAGCAGCACACUCCCUGCGUGUCUGAGGACCGGGAGCCAAGACGUGGGACUUUCUCUUUUGUAUUUUUCUUGGGUGGGGGGGUGGGGUGUAAAAAAAGACUAUUUGCAUGCCUUGUGCCACAGGCUUGCUGCGAUCGCAGCUCAGGGGCCCAGCUGCCGCCCAGCGUCUGCCCUGGGACCCCCUUGGGCACCAAAGAUGAGCAGCUGGAGAGAGGUGACAGCCACAGGCGUGACAAGUGGAGGCACCAAGAGGUAUGUUGGUGAAGACACGACCCGCAGACUUCUUCUCCUGCUUUUCAGUCUCAGGAGCCCCUCUGCUGAGAACUCUGGUCCCGGCGUGUCUCCCAGGAUGACCCAGUCUACCUCUCGCUCCCUCCCCUCCCUGUGCUGUCGCCUGGGGCCUGACCCCAGCCCUGCUCAGCCGGCCAGGAGCGGCCCGGACCUGAGCUCGCCUCCAGCCAUGGCCUCCCUGAUGGUCUAGGCGGCACACUUGGGGCACCACGCGGAGUGGCUUAGGUGGGCCUUGGGCUCCGGCUCCCAGCCUAGCGGCACCCGAUACUCUGUGCCUGACUUACCCUGUGCCCCUGGCCAUCCACACACCGCAAAGGCUUUCCCUGCAGGGGGUUUUGGGACCACCUCUGGGGGGAGGACUUGCAUGAGCUCCCAGGCUGUAAGCAGGAGGGUGGGCCAGAGGGUUUUUCUAAAGGUUUAUUGUUGAUUUGGUCUAGAGAGUUCUAAGACAGAGGGAAGAGCCUGGCUGAAGGGGCCAGUCUUUGGGGGAGUGGGAGGCCCUGGGCUUGGGAAUACACUCACAUGCUCAGAGGCAGGGGGCGACAAUAUGGCCUCUGUCUCAGGACCUAAUGGGACACCUGAAAGGACUGAGCAGGGUCCUUUGACCUCCUGCCUGGUUUCUGGCCCUGGGAUUCUCCCCAGACUUCCACUGGCGCAGGCUCUGCCCACAGGAGCCUCUCCUAUGCCCACCUACCUCGCUGGCUUCAGCUCCCAGACCCUCAGACAGGAAAGCUCCAGGCUUUCCCGCCCUGGAAAGCCCUGCCCAGCAGCCAGGGUUACUGCCCUUGCUGGGAGGGCUUGUUCCCAGCCGCAGCCAGACUAGCCCCAGGCUGGCAAAGACUGUUUCCCUGGCACCCAUUCAGGGUCCCUGCCUGUCUCCCUGACGCUCCUUAGAGACUCCUGGGAGGGAGUGUGUUAGCACAGAGGCUCUGUCUACCAGGAGGCGUCCUAGGUGCAGCUCCGAGCGGUCUAGGAGGGCUUUCAUGGCAGGAGAGGGGUGUAGGGCCCAGGGGCCCUGGGUGGGUCCCACUGGGGCCUGCGUUCCUGCGUCAGUUCCCCACCUGGGGAGCAGACUCCAACCUCUCCGGACCCUAAAGGAGGGGCUGGCUUUGCUUUACAAGACCUUUGAGGCCACAAUAGAGAUGCCUCUGUUGAGGGAGGGAGGGAGUGAGCCCAGAGGAUUUGUGUCACUUGUGAAGGCAGCUCAGGCCAGGAGGUGAGUCAUGAGGUCUACGGAACAGGUGGCUCACGAGCUGGUGGUCUCCUGGCAGCCCCGGGGGCCCCAGCCUCAGCACUCCAGGGAGAAGAGGCAAAGUAACCAGCUGGUUUAGGCAUGAUCUUGUAGGGAAAACGAUGACCAGGGUGGGGCUCUAUCUGUGGACUCUGUGCGCACUGUGACCGGCAUACACACCCCAACCUGCCCCGGGCCCCUGCAGUCACACCCGCAUUUCACACCUGCACAGACACACACUUGGUUCACACUCAAAGCCCAGAACAGUAGAGAAAGAGGGAAGCCACUGGCGGACAGCCACAGGACAGCUGGGACACCCAUCGAUGUAUGCGAGGACAACUUAGGAAACUUCUAGUUGUACCAAGGGAGGAGCUCAGAGGCGCUGAGGGUUGUGGAAGGAGCCUGAUCCCCCUGGAGGGAGGAGCACAAGGCUGAGGACCAGGAACCCUGCAGAGAUCCGACUGGGAGGGAGGUUCCCCUGACUCCCCUGCCGCCUCCACCCACAGGCAGCUUGGCACCCCAAGGCCUCACCCCCUGCUCCCAGCUCCAUCAUGGGUCCCGCCGCUGGCUGCCCGAACCCAGCGGUCCUCCAGCUUGGGGUGCUGCUGCAGCCUCUCCCAUGUCCAGGGGAAGCAGCGAGAACUACUCCCCCCACCCCGCCCCACCCCUGCCCCACCCCGCCGCCACCCAGCACCACACUCUCCAGUUGGCUCCUCUGUAUUGCUCGGCAUGGAA